AUGGCGGAAGGGAAAGAAUCUAGUGUAACGUUCCAGAGAGUUAGAAACGCCACAGCAAUGGCUGCUGGUUACCUGGUGUUUUCAGCAGCAGUCUGGUCGUUCUUUACGAGUCCACGUAAACACGAGUGGGUUGACGUGCUAAUCGACUAUUCAAACCAUAGAAGAUCACAGUACAGCGAGAAUUUUUUGAGCAUUUAUAAGAUUCCUAACCACUACAGUAACUAUAGGAGAUUGUCCCUGUACUUUGGAGAUUGGAGGAUGAUUAAAUCUGACUGUGUCUACCUUAAUAGCAAAAAGGAACUGGACAGACUACUGGUGCUAUCGAGAAUAGCAAAUUACAAGAUUCCAGCAAAAUACGCCACUGGUGUAAACGAAGAAGGCUUAAUCGAGUGUGCGGACUGCGUUAAGAACUGUAAAUUUAUAUAUUUUGGCGAUUUGAGCAAUUUUACGCCCAGGGAUGACCUAAAAUCGUUAUUAGUUCCCCUGGAUUUACUACACAGUAAUGCAGUUGAUGUUGAUGCAAAUCGAAUAAAAUCUUUAGCCAACCUACUGGAGGGUAUUGCGGCCAUUGAUAAAGUUGUACUUUGCACCAACGACAAUGAAACUUGGAUUACCCAUCAUAAAUCACUAAAAUAUCAAUAA